CUUUGUGCUCGCGGUUACAACAGGCGGAGCUGUGGGUAUGUUUAAGAACGCUGCACAAGCUCCAUCUCUGUGGAUCAUGAUGACUGAAAGUUUUUGCCGUCUAACCAGGGAAGUGUCUGUGGAGGUGCGCUCCGAUUUUGUCGCUACCACCUCAGAUGGAAACAAAAUCCCAUUCUGCUGAGAUUCCUUUCAACUUGUGUGAGAGCCUCGGUGACAAUGAUAAUUUCAGAUAUGGAGAUCCCAAAGAGAUCGCAGUUUGAGGAUGUUGACUUCCCUGCUACCAGCAAGUCACUUUUUUCUAGUCGUUCUACACCCAUUGCCAGAUUCAGUGAAAAAAUUACAUGGUUACGACCACAGGAAAUCUCCAAAUCUCCUCAGUUAUUCCCCAAAAAACUGCAGGAUGGACAGAUCAAGCAAGGCCUUUUGGGAGAUUGCUGGUUCUUGUGUGCUUGUGAAACUUUGCAUAAAAACAGAUUUUUGUUAGAAAAGGUGAUACCCCCAGGCCAGGAUUCAUGGAUACAAUCAGGAUGUUUAAAAUGUAGAUUUUGGAAGUUUGGGCAAUGGGUUGAAGUUAUAAUAGACGAUCGGUUGCCGUGUAUUGAUCGCAGGCUCUGUUUUUCUCGUUGUCGCUCUGAAGAGGUGUUUUGGUUACCAUUAUUGGAAAAAGCAUAUGCCAAACUCCAUGGUUGCUAUGAAAUGCUCUGGGCUGGACAAGUUGGUGAAGCUCUGGUGGACAUCACAGGAAGCCUGGCUGAUCGAUGGACUCUAAAGAGUUAUAGAAAUAACAGUGAGAACAGUGAUCACGUCAACUUCUCAGCAAAAUCAAAAUUAAAGUUGAUGAAGGAUUUGAAAGAUAAAAGCUUUAUAAGUUGCUCUGUUCACGAAUCCACCAAAGGAUCCAAUGAAUGUGCAGAAUUUCAUGCCUUCACUGUUACUGAUGUGAAGCAAGUUGUCGGACUCGAAGGUGAUUGCAUCAAUUUGCUAAGGAUAAGAAACAUGUGGGAUAGAAGAUGUUGGAAUGGCUCCUGGCAGGAAGGGGGUGAUGGUUGGAACAAAGUUGAUGUAGCUGUGGCUGCACAGCUGAUGUCUUUGGCAGAAGAGGGAGAGUUCUGGGUGGAGGAGCAAGAGUUUUUACAGGAGUUUGAUGAGGUGACCAUUGGUUAUCCAAUAAAUACGGAUGGACAUAUCCUCAGUCUUCUAACAGGUAAAAUUUUGUGCCAUACACUACAAAUAUCAGGAGACUGGGUGAAAGGCCAAUCAGCUGGUGGUUGCCGUAAUAACAGCAGUUUCUAUAGUAAUCCUAAGUUCUGGCUGCGAAUUCUAGAUCCAGGGGAAAUAGUCAUCACAAUUUUACAAAAAAAGCUCGAUUCAAGCAAUAAAGCUGGCAAGACAUCUCGGGCUCGGGACGCUCCUGUGCAUUGUCCUGAUAACGAAGGGCUUGCUGCAGAUGCCCUCCAACGGAAAUGUUACCAUGCAAUAGGACUACACGUCUGGAAGGUGGAGAAAAAACGAUUUAAUUUGCAGAAAACUGUUGCCAAACCACCCACCAUUUCAACAGAAUGCCAUACAUAUGACAGAGAAGUAAAGUUGCAUUGUGACCUUACACCUGGCUACUAUCUAGUAAUCCCCAGUACAUUCAUGAAAGAUGAAGAAGGAGAAUUUCUACUGCGUGCAUUUUCAACAUCUAAAGUUUCACUGAGUGCAAUGAAAACAGCUCAUCCACUGACCAAGUUAGUGGGAAGUGCUGAAGGGGAGUGGGAGAUGAUACAUUUCACUGAUUCGUGGAUCCAAGGAAAGAGUGCAGGUGGAAGCAGGAACUUUCAGACAUACAGCACUAAUCCACAUUUCCCAUUCUCCAUCCUCUCCAAUACUGGCGCUGGAAACGUUAGGAUAACACUGUGCCAGGAAAAUUUUGAUGGACAGUUUCUGCCAAUAGGAUUCCAUGUUUAUCAGGUCCACAACAGUAAAAAUGUAAAUCAUGCAUCUGGUCAGCUUGUGGAGCCAGUGGUGACUUGUGUGCCUCAUCGAUACACACAGGAAGUGACCCAACUUUGCACUCUGAUGGAAGGAAAUUAUGUGAUCAUUCCUUCCACAUAUCUGCCUGAUAGUGAAGCACAAUUCACAGUCACUGUAGAAAUAAAAAUAGACAGGAGGCCAUUCCAAUGUCAGGAAAACUUAGGACAAAUGAUCAAUGAGGUCUCCUAUACCUCAGUGAUGCAGAGGUAGGAUACCAAAUUCAAACCCACAAACGCCUGCCUGAAAACAAUUUUUAAAAAAUAAUCAGAGGAGAACCAUUUUGAAGAUAUUCAUGCUGUACAAUGUUCACAUCACAAUGCCCACCCCCUGUUUUGCAUUAAUAAAAUGUGACAGGACUCAUCAUUGUAAAUAAGCAAUUGUGCUUUAAGCAAGCUGGCAAUGAGCUUGUUGCGCAGGAGGAAGAACAAAAGCUGCCCUAGAAGUGGACGCUACUUCAAAGGGUUAGCAGCGCUGCACGAAGUAAUGGACAAAGAGCCGAUCAGUCUCCUGCUGCUUUGAUGUUAUUGAAGGUAAAUGAGAAUGACAUUUAAAUUCACUUUGUACUUUCAGCACACACUGUAUUACACAGUUCACUGAAUUUUAAAGCUGCUGUGUUGUGACCUCCUCUGGGCUGGAUUUUUCCAUCAUUUUAGCAAAACUGGAACUUGGGCUGUUGUUCAUUGAUGCCAUUGUAUUUUUCUCCUAAUUUAUUUGACAUUGGAUCGUAUUAAGAUAUAAGGUUCAGUGCCUUUUAGUGCAUGAACAGCCCUACAUUAUUUUUGCAGUCUGACCAGAUUCUGUGCUGGUCAGAAAUGUUGAAAUAAUCAAUAAUGAAAUAUUCAUUAUUUUUAAUUCAGUGUCCAUGGUACAGUGACAGUAUUUGGUUUUGCUUAAUUUCAACAAGUGACCUGCACUACAUUACACAUCUGAAUCAUCUCAACUGGUACUGACUUAGUAUUGGCAAACAUUAUCUACCUAGUGUAGUUCUAAUCAAUAAAUAACAGAUAGAGAGUUUCUACAUUGUAAAGUGCCAAAUUGUAUCAAUUUUUGAUCCAGUUUUAAGUGAAAUUUUCAGAACUGAUGAGAGGUUUCUCUUCAAAUAUUAACCCCUGGCUCUCAAGCUUGCUAGCCUUAAACUCAAUCCAUUUAAAAUGAAGGAGAAACACAGCAUAGGUUGUAGAGUACAAUAAGAGAAUUGAGUUUCAUUUUGUCUUCUAAAUUGAUUCCACCCUUUCUAAAAUAUUUUAGGAACAAUUUAACCCAUUUAUGUAAUCUAACAAUACAAAGUUAGUGCAAGUUAAACCUUUGAGAGAAGCAUAAUUGUAUUCCUGUUUUUUGUCAGUAAUAUAAAUUUGCUUUUCUCCAAUUGGAGGUAUUAAGGAAUACCAAUUGUUCCUGAAAGUAAUAUUAUUCUUUGCUUACAGAUUCAUGUGUACCUUUAGGCGUAUGUUAUGAAGAGGUACAUUUAGCAACUGAGUAUUUAAAAUCUUAAGUUUUUGUAAAGAGGUAAUUAAGUACUACUGCGCUGUGAAAUUGAACAAAUUUAAGUCUGAAAUUUGUCAUUUUAUUAAGUUAUUUUAUUAAACUAGUUGAAUUUAUUCUGAGUAAAUCUGAAAACAGCAAACCCAAGAAAUUCCUGUCACAACAUUGAGAAGAUGGCAGAAAAACCGGCAAUAAAAAUGUCAUCAUUAGUCUGUGUUAUGUCCACCAAUACCUGGAAGUUGUACAAGAGCAGUUAAAAGUGCAAAUCCAAAAAUUGUUAUAACUGAUACUGUCUUCUUCCAGAAAAUAAUUGCUUGCAUUUCUUGUCAAAUGCAGUCAUUUCAAUGAUUAGAUGUAAACAUUGUUUGUGUUUUACUUGUACAAUUAUGAAACUUGAGCUAAAAGCUGAGCAAGCUACAUCCUCCAGGUCUGAAAAUUUUUAAAUGUGUAGUUGUUCUCCCCUUGGAAAAACAUCUCCAAACUAAGUAGUUUUAAUGAAGAUUAAUCUGUUAUUAAUGUUUAAUAUUAAUUUUACCAUAAUUCCAUUUGUAUGUCUCCAUCUUUUCCUGUUCGUAUAAUGUUUAAUAAAUAAAAUUAGUACUUUUUACUUUA